CAUGGGUUCUACAAACAAUGCAGUCGUGAAAUCCGCUGUGCAAGUGGUUCACUUGCUCUCGGCUAACGAGAUCUGUGUUCGAAGCAUGGCGCAGGUCAGCGACUGUAUCAGUCACAUGAUCAAGGGAAUGGAAGCGAGGCCAGAUGUCGUGGGUGUGGCAUGUGAAGCACUUCACAGAAUGUUUGACAAGAAUCACACAGAGCUUGUAGCACAGGCUCUUUCGUUCGAAUUAGUUCAGUACCUUCUGAACCUCCUAAACGGAGCUCUAAAAACUGUGGAAAACCCCGCCGCAACCAAAGCACAAAUAGUCAAG